AUGAUUGGAAAAAACGAUACUUUACGUCAAGAGGAUCCACCUAAUGCUGGCAAAAUUCAUUUUGUGACAAUAAUUUCACCUAUUUAUUUUGUUGUUUUCGUUCUUUUAGCUCAAUUUGUACUUCUCAAUAUUGUCGUCGCUGAUUCAAAUAAGGUGAUAGGUGAUGAUGCUGAAAUGUAUGAAGAAAUUGAACAACAACUUGAAUCUGAUGUACAUAAUGAAAAUUAUGCUGAACAAUCAUUACUAGACGUGAACACAGUUCAUGUAGAAGACAAAGUAAAAAUUAAAAUGUUUUAA